UGCAGUUUGUGUGGGUAGUAUACAGUACAGUUUGUGUGUUUCUGUGUGUCUACAUGUCGACCAGUGAGGUUGGCGGUAAGCAGGACUACUCGCCGGUUUCCUGGCGGGAGUAUUUUGAUCAGAUGGAGGACGUGCAUGUGGGACCGGCCGACAGCAGAGACAUAUUCAGGAUUUAUAAAGCAGGACAUGAUGGACCACUGCUGGUUCUGCUUCAUGGAGGAGGACACUCAGCCCUGUCCUGGGCCGUCUUCACUACAGCCAUCGCCAGCAGGGUGACCUGCAGGGUACUUGCUAUGGACCUCAGGGGUCACGGUGACACUGUGGUCCGCCAAUCAGACGACUUCUCGACUCAAACCAUGUCCAGUGAUGUAGCCAAUGUGAUUGGAGCCUGCUACGGUGAGACUCCUCCCCCCAUUGUCCUGAUUGGUCAUGGCGUUGGUGGGGCGAUCGCAGUGCAUACAGCCAGCAACAUGCUGCUGCCAACCACUGUUGGCCUGGUGGCUAUUGACGUUGUAGAAGGCAGUGCAAUGGAAGCACUCCACAGCAUACAGAACUUCUUGAAGGGAAGACCCAAGUCUUUCAAGUCCAUGGACCAUGCUAUAGAGUGGAGUGUCAAGAGCGGGCAAAUAAGAAACCUGGAAUCUGCUAGAGUCUCAGUGGUUGGUCAGAUCAAAAGAUGUGAAGUGGAGGAGACUGACACUUUGGAGCAGGCCAGCCCGGUGACCAACGUGGUUGUCGAGUGUAACGAAGAGUUCUACGAUCAAAGCUACGUCAAUGACAAAGAAAAUGCUGCCUCAGAGAGUGUGUACAUGUGGCGCAUAGACCUGUCGAAGUCAGAAAAGUACUGGGACGGCUGGUUUAGAGGAACCUCCAACCUCUUCCUGGCUUGCAAUCUACCCAAACUCCUGCUACUGGCUGGAAUCGACCGGCUGGACAGAGACCUGACUAUCGGCCAGAUGCAAGGUAAAUUCAUGAUGCAGGUGCUGCCCCCCUGUGGACACGCAGUGGAAGAAGACCAACCAGACAGAGUGGCUGAGGCUGUGGCCUCCUUCCUGUUGAGACACAAGUUUGCUGAAGCCAGAAGUUAAACCAGGAGCUGCAACUCUUCAACACAAUGAAGUCAGCAGGUUUCGUGAAAGACCAGCAAAAAAGGAGCCCCAUGACUGAGACCAGUCCAGACCUCCAACCAUUUGUGUCUGCUGUUGUGUAGUUUCUGUUCUCCUCCAGUUAUUACCAGUAGUAUUUCAUACUAAGUCAAGCCAGAUAAUUAAAAGUACAGCAGUACAUCAACACAACAACCCCAAAUAUUUGCUUUGACUUACCGUCUCUGAACAAAUCGCAGAGUUACUGUGAGUGGUUGACCACUGAGCAACAAAAGGCUGUCGCAGCCCAGACCUGAGGAAGCCCAUCUGACCCUGGAAAAGAUUAGAAAAAACAGACAUUUGUUAAAUAUUCAGGAUGACAAAACACCAGUUAUACUCAAAAGAGUAUAAAUUAUGAGCUACUUAGUAACCUUGAGUCAGAAUCCUGAGAGAGUCUGUAAAAACUACGACCUCUAAGAUUUUAUGAUUGGAAAUUUUGACUCACUAAAUCAAAAUGGCAAUGGCACUCCUCAUUAGCAGUGGCCCCCCAACGGGACAAUAUGCCAUGCCACACCACAAAAACAGCUCAGGAAUGACCCAAGGAACGUGAGAAAGAGCUUAAGGCGUCGACCUGACCUCCACAGUGCCCAGAUCCUAAUCCGUUUAAACAUCUGUUGGACAUGCUGGUGCCCCACCUCAGAACUCACGGGACUCAAAAGAUCUGAAGCGAACACCCUGGUGCCAGACACCAAAGGACACUCUCCAGAGGUCCUGUGUCCAUGCCUUAAGAGGUCAGAGCCAAAUCCAGUCAAAGAGAACCCACCGUAGUCUAGAUCAUGGGUACCUCUGGGGUACCAGCAUGUCCCUCAAAUGUUUGAUCAGAUUGGGAUCUGGGGUAUUUGAAGGCCAGGUUAAUGCCAUGGGUGCUUUGUCCAAUUCCUCGGGUCAUUCCUGAGCAGUUUUUGUGGUGUGGCAUGGUGCAUUGUCCUGCUGGGGUGCCACUAGGUUCGGGUGAGUGGAGCACGUCAAGUAGCAUCCACAUUAAUGCCAGGACCAGCAGAACAUUGCACUGUAACAAGAUGUUUAAUAUUCACUUCACCCACCAGUGGUUUUAAUGUUUUGGCUGAUCGGUGUAUCAUACUGUUAUCAGUAACAACCAGUAACCUGGUGCAGCCGCAAGUCAUGCCUUGUCAUAAAGCUUGCUUGAAAUGCCACUGGCUGCUUAAUUUUACCAUCCGGCGCCAAAAAACAUGGUGCCUGGUUUGCUGUUUAAGUAACUUACGUAACAACUCUGUUUUCUGUUUGAUUUUACCUCAUUAAACAAUAAUCAUGAAUGACCUACUCACCUGUUUUUUUCAGAUGUUUGUUUCUCCUGCCGAGCUGGGUCGAUGAAACUUUUACAAUUUCAAGACAAACACCAGAUAUUAGCCAAACAGUUUUGCUAGCAACUGCUACUAUUAAAAAUUGUAGCACAGCGCAUGGAUUAUCACCAAAAAAAUGCUCCACUCAGUUUAAUUUUUACUAAUUUUACAGUCAUUUUCUAUCCGAGUUUUAAUAUAGACUGUCUGACUGCGCAGGAUGUAGAAGCUAGCAACUGGUUCAUGUUGUAGCUAAAAGUAAAUGCUAGUUAGCUAAAGAUACAAAUGUGCAAUGACGGAAGUGAAAUGAUUGUUGAUGAAAGGGGUUCCAAAACAAUGUAAUGGCCAAAAUUUAAAAUUUUUCCAUGACUUUUCAAGCCCCGAUAUAUUUUUUUUAAGUGUAAUUUUAGCUAGCUGGUAUACACAGCGCAAGAGACGUAAUGCAGGGGGGAAAUUAAGCGAUGUACCUGAUGGUAGACGAACAUCACACAUUGACGCAUAUUAGAGCUGCGUUUUCUCGAGAGCCUCAGAAAAUAAAUUUGCUGUCAUGUUACAAGUAUCCACGGAAGACGGCUGUAGCCGUCCAUGAUGUUUCCAAAAUGUUUAAUAUUUUUCACUAAUUGUAUGACUUAUCCAGACCUGGAAAAUGUGACAAUGAAAUUCCAUGACUUUUCCAGGUUUUCCAUGACCAUGGGAACCCUAGAUGAAGCUUCAUGACAUAAAACAAAAAUACUUACACGGUACUACUUACCUUGUUAGUUGUCAUGUAUGUUAAUUUCCUUACAAGAAGGCAGUGAAAGUGAAUGAAGUGUCGCUCAGAUUCAGGUACGAGACACAUACAGGUAAAAAGCAAAAAAUUGAAUUUACUCUGUAAAAGAUAAGAUGAAGUUAAGAAAGUAUGUAACUUAAUUUUAACUUUAAAGGGAAUGAAUGAACAUGUUUUUAUUCACACGAGGAGCGAAACAUGCUAACAUUAGCAAAAAUACGCACGGUAGUUCGGUGGGCUGUCAGUUUACGCACCA